AUGGACGGUGGUGAUAGAAUAUUAGUUGCUGCUGGGCUGACGGCGGCGGUUGUGGUAGGAGCAUUCGUGCUGUGGGGUCCUGGAGGAGCCCCCAAGGUCCGGAAGCGUCGAGGUCAAAUAGCAGGACUCCAGAAUUUGGGAAGGACAUGUUUCCUCAACACACUAUUGCAGGCCUUCGCUGCCUGCCCUACUUUUAUUGAAUGGCUGAAAAAAUACGCUAAGGCCAAUGGGCACAAUAGUAUGAUCACUACGCUCUAUACUGUUAUUGAAGUUGUAAAUGGUACACAUGAGUCGGCAAGAGGUACACCGGUAUGCCCACUGGGAGUGUUGCAAGCUCUGCGUGCCGCUGGGUGGGUGGUCCCCGCCGAUCAGCAAGAUGCCCACGAGCUUCUACAUGUGCUAUUGUCUUGCAUCGAGGAAGAAACUACCGCUAUGUCUAAAAAGCCUGGUUGUCUUUCGGAUGCUCUGGGUCUUGGGGGUGGCCGAGCGUGGUCAGCAUUGGCAUCCCCAGCCUCUCCGCCGUCAGCACCGCUUUCUAUGCGUGGUGAUGGAGUGUCGAGACCAGCUCGACCUGCUUCUGCUGCCCCUCCUGGUGAACCAGAGUUAAUUGACCCAGAAGAUGCUCCAUCUCCAGUAAAGCUGUCGAAGGGUGUGUCCCGCUCAUUCUGUCACCUCAGCUCGGUUGGGCGGCGCUGGGCGGCGGCGCCCGCCCGCCCAGCGCCCGUGCCACCCACACGUGGGACGCUGGCGUCUCGUACGCAUUGUACUGUGUGUUCUACAAAGAGUCCAAUACGAUACGACAAAUUCGACAGUGUCUCAUUAUCGAUGGCGAACGCUAGCACGGGGCUGACAGGCACUUACAGUUUGUCUGGUCUACUGCGUGCCUUCACCGCUCCGGAGCUGGUGAACGGCCUCCGCUGCUCCAAGUGUUGCCCCGAAGAGAGCUCUCCAGCACCGCACCACACGCAGACCAAGCACAUCCGGACCGUCAGUUUUGGAAAGCUGCCGGCGGUGCUGGUGCUGCAGGUGGCGCGCGUGGAGUGGCGCGGCGGCGGGCCCAGCAAGCGCGUGGAGCACGUCGCCUUCCCCGAGACGCUCUGCAUGGCGCCCUACGCCGCGCAGCGCGCUGCGCAGCCGGAGCCGCCGGCGCUGCCGCUGCGCGGCGCGGCCCCGAGCGCGGCGGCGGGCGACGCGCGCGCCGCCUACCGCCUGGCCGCCGUCGUGGUGCACGUGGGCGGGCCGCGCUCCGGGCACUUCGCCACCUACCGCCGCGGGAACGGCUUCGAGAGCAAGCGGUGGUGGUACACAUCGGACACGCUGGUUCACGAGGUGUCCCUACAAGAAGUACUGCGCUGCGCCGCCUACUUACUCUUCUACGAACGAACGCAGGCACCACCCCCGCCCCUCACCACCCACUUCUAAGUUGUCACCACCACAGUAUGGUGAGAAAACUACCCGAUCAUGGUAUUUAAUUCAACAAUAUAUAAUGCAGACUAUACUGUCUGUAUCUUCUAAACGAAGUGUCCUCGAAAUGUUAUAUUGAAAUCAACAAUUUUACGUAAUUCUCAAAUAUUAUAUUGAUAAUUGAAAUUGUUUUGAAUAUCUUUGAAACGUUUGUUACAUAUGUUUAUGUGUUUGAAGUUGGUUAAUAGAAGUAACUUCAAGGGUUGAAACAAUGGGGAUGCUAAAACAUUAACUCUUAAGAAACUGAGUAAUUCUCCAAUAAUAAUUGUAAAAAUAGCUUAUAAGUGCGCUGGCGCAGAGCUACAUCUAAAUACUUCUAAUUCUUCUAAAUCACCAUAUCACACUCUACCACUGCCUAUAACCAUCGCCUUACAACCAUUAUCUACCACCCCUACCACCAUAAUUUAGAUGUGGUACGGUCAUGACUGCUUUACUGAUGUAUCAAAGCAAGUGUUCAAACAUUCUUAGGUGUGUUUUAGGAAUUUUUAAUGCUUCAUUUGUAUUUACAAUGAAGGCCUAUUUUUAUUAUGCGA